CGUGUACAUAAAUGAUUGCUCGAGAACAGCUGUAGGUUAUCCAUCGGAGUAAAUCAUAAUAAACAGAUUAAGAAAACGAGACGUAAAUAAUAUUGGGAAAAAUUUUAUAAUAAUAUAUAGAAAAUGUUGGACUUGUUUACCAUAUUUAGUAAAGGUGGGAUUGUACUCUGGUGCUUUCAGAGCACGUCCCAGAUAUUCAAACCGAGUGUUAAUGCACUCAUCAGGAGUGUUAUUUUGCAGGAACGCACAGGGGUUUCUGCAUAUGAACACGACUCCUUACGCCUUCAGUACAAACUAGACAAUGAAUUCGAGCUGGUGUUCGUCGUGGCAUACCAGAAGAUUCUGCAGCUCUCGUACGUUGAUAAAUUCCUCAACGACAUUCACCUGGAGUUCCGGGACAAAUUCAAGAAUCAGCUGGAAAAAUCUCAGUGGUUCUUUGAUUACGGAAAUUUUGCGAACGAUUACCAGAACAUUUUGGUCGCUGCUGAACAAUGGGGAAAGCAGCAGGCGAAGAUACCCAAGCAGAUGCGGACGUUCGACGAGAGCGCUAAAUCUAAAAAGACUGUUGCCAGUAUGAUUGAAAGGAAGGAUGAUAAGGAUGAUAAAAAAUCCGGGAAGAAUAAAAAGAAAGCAGCUGUUGCAUUCGACGAAAAUGACAAAUUUAUAAGAGAGAAUGGAAAUGAGCAAAUGCAUGUGACUAAUGGAGAGGCUGAUAUCGACUCUGGAGAAAAUACUCUCGAAUUAAAUCUGAAGAAAUUGAGCCAGCGCAUGAACAAGAAAAAAAUAGAUAAGCAGAAGAGUCCGAAAAGCGAAAAAGCAGGAAAGAAACCUCGAGUGUGGGAGCUUGGAGGCACUAACAAGGAUCUUGCGAAUUUGGAACGUACACGGGACAAACCAUCGGAGGAUAGUGAGCGUGUUCAAGCUAACACUGCUCUGAUUGGCCAGAUGAAAGGAGGUAUUCGGGAUUUAGAAGUCGAAUCGGAUUCCGACGACGCGUAUGAGGAGGACGUUCCGGUGAUGGCGAAGCCUAAAGCUGAGAAAAAAUCUACUGGCGGAAUGUUCUCAGUGCUGAAGGGUCUCGUUAGUAACAAACAGCUGACCUCCAGCGACUUAGAUCCCGUUCUCGAGAAGAUGAAAGACCAUCUGAUUGCUAAGAACGUGGCAUCGGACAUUUCUAUCAAUCUGUGUAACUCGGUGCGUGCCAAGCUCGAGGGGAAGGUUUUGGGGACCUUCGAGAGCAUCGCCAGCACCGUCAAGACGACUCUCACCGAGUCCUUGGUGCAGAUACUCUCGCCAAAACGCCGAGUUGAUAUUCUUCGCGAUGCAUACGAGGCGAAGAGAAAUGAACGGCCUUAUGUAAUGUCCUUUUGUGGUGUCAAUGGCGUCGGGAAGUCAACGAAUCUUGCGAAAAUUUGCUUCUGGCUGAUUGAAAAUAAUUUCCGAGUACUAAUUGCUGCUUGCGAUACGUUUCGAGCGGGUGCUGUAGAGCAACUCCGUACUCACACUCGUCAUCUGAACGCUCUUCAUCCACCUGAGACACACGGAAAUGCUACUAUGGUACAGCUUUUCGAGAAGGGCUAUGGUAAGGAUGCAGCUGGAAUUGCCAUGGAGGCGAUUCGCUUUGCCAAGGAAUCAAGGAUCGACGUUGUAUUGAUCGACACAGCGGGAAGGAUGCAAGACAAUGAACCACUGAUGAGAGCACUGGCGAAAUUGAUAAAAGUUAAUCAGCCAGAUCUCGUUCUUUUUGUGGGCGAAGCACUAGUGGGUAAUGAGGCUGUUGAUCAACUUGUUAAGUUCAAUCGUGCACUCGAGGACUUCAGCCUCUCCGAUAACCCUCGUACUAUUGACGGAAUAGUUCUCACCAAAUUCGACACUAUUGAUGAUAAGGUGGGCGCUGCUAUUUCCAUGACGUAUAUCACAGGACAGCCGAUUGUUUUUGUCGGCACUGGUCAAACCUAUACAGAUCUCAAGACCCUGAAUGCUAAGGCUGUCGUCCAUGCACUCAUGAAAUGAAUCCCAUAAAUCAAGGUAUAUCAAAAUGAUUAUUUGACGUCAUUUGUAUAUUUAUAUGAAAUGAAUAAUGAUGUUACCAAUAAAUUCAAUUGUUUCAAAA